AUGACUAGUAACAUCCAAAAAUAUGUAAAGAAUUGUCAACGUCAUAAAUUUGAAAAUUAUCAACGAUAUAGUCCCUUGCAAUCAAUACCGGUUGCAGAAACGCCCUUUCGACACUAUUCAAUGGAUUUUGUCACUGGGCUACCAAUGUCUAAGGUAGACCCAAUCUUAGCAAUUGAAGCUGCAUUCGGAAUCAAACCAAUUCAUGCUGAAUGGGAUAUGCAAGUGUACAUGAUACUGGCACAUAUACCCCAUUCACGUGGACGCAACCUGUUGGUUUGGUAA